AUAUAUUUAUGGCAUCUUGUGUGGGAAGUUUUCCAAAUCUUAUUUAUCUGUUAAACUAAACAGAGAAGCAUAAUAUACCUCAGCCCAAACGGGGUCUCUGGUGUUUCCGAGGAGGACUAUAUUCUUCCGCUCAGCGCGCUUCACUGGCGGAAGGAUUCAGUAAAAUUGUGUGGCCGUGAAGAAAAGGCGUACUACUCAGUUUCCUACCAGUUGUGUCUCUUUUGAAGUCUCUUCUUAUUAUCUUUCUUGUUCCGUUUUUUUUAUCGGUCGGUGCCCUUAUUUAGAUGGCCAGCUUCCCAGAUUGUGUAAACGAAAAUGAUCUAGACAAGGCUAAGUUCAUUGGUGAACUCCUGGUCCCUGUUGCUCCCUUUGACCAGAAGUCUGGGCGUGAGGCCUGGACAGUAGCCUUUGCACCAAAUGGUUCCUACUUUGCUUGGUCUCAGGGACAUCGCAUCGUCAGACUCAUCCCCUGGACUAAAUGCUUGAGGAGCUUUUCAGUGAGUGGUGGUGAAGAAGGUACCAAUCCAACAAGUCCCAGGCAUUUGUCCUGUCAAAGUAGUGAUGGAAGCCUCGCUAUCCCACUAGCCGAUGAGCCCCGUGAACACACAAUAGACUGUGGCGACAUAGUGUGGGGCCUGGCCUUUGGUUCCUCUGUGCCAGAAAAACAGAGCCGCUGUGUCAACAUUGAGUGGCACCGGUUCAAGUUUGGCCAGGACCAGUUACUGCUGGCAACAGGUCUCAACAAUGGCCGCAUUAAGAUCUGGGACGUUUACUCUGGAAAACUGCUGUUGAAUCUCAUGGACCAUACUGACGUUGUGCGAGAUUUGACAUUCGCACCUGAUGGCAGCCUCAUGUUGGUGUCCGCAUCCAGAGAUAAGACCCUGCGUGUGUGGGACCUUAAAGAUGAUGGUAACAUGGUGAAGGUUUUGCGUGGACAUCAGAACUGGGUUUACUGCAGCUCCUUCUCUCCCGACUCGUCCAUCCUGUGCUCAGUUGGUGCAGGCAAAGCAGUGUUCCUAUGGAACAUGGAGAAGUACACGUUGAUCCGGAAGCUAGAGGGCCACCACAAUGAUGUGGUGUCCUGUGACUUUUCACCUGAUGGCGCCCUCUUGGCCACGGCUUCCUAUGACACCCGAGUCAUUGUAUGGGACCAUCACAAAGCCACAAUCCUCCUGGAGCUGGGCCACCUCUUCCCCCCUCCAUCACCCAUUUUUGCUGGAGGGGCAAAUGACCGCUGGGUUCGCUCUGUGAGCUUCUGCCCUGAUGGCCGCCACAUUGCCAGUAUUACUGAUGACAGGUUCGUUCGUUUCUGGAGUAUUGAAGAAAGGGCUCCUCAGGCUAUAGCCUCCUUAUCUAAUGGCCUAUGCUGUGCAUUUUCUGCUGAAGGAAGUGUCCUUGCUGCUGGGACUCGUGAUGGAAGUGUACACUUCUGGGAGUGUCCUGGCAGUAUUGCCAAUCUGCAGCACAUGUGCAGGAUGGCCAUCCGCAGGGUGUUGACCACCCAGCAGGUGGAAGCUUUGGCCAUCCCUACACCACUCCAAGACUAUCUGACCUACAGAGUCAUCUGAGUGUGUGCGCGGGCUGGCUCACAUGCACUUCUCACAGCCGCAGCAUGCUGAAAAACCAAUGAAUACCUUAUUUAAAACAAAAAAAAAACCCACAAAACUUCUUCUAGAUCAAUGGCUGACCGACGAGCAAACUCACUGAUGCAGUUUGAAAGACAUGAGUUCAGGUUUGCUGGAAACUCUUAAGCCGUGUCAAUUCUUCAGCAUUUGACUUUGUACAUAUCUGAUUACUGUACUACUGUAAGGUCAGGAUUAUUCUGGGUUCCCCCGUCUCUUCACUAUCUGUGUGCUUCUUGGAAAAGUGGAGGUCCAGUUGUACGAGCGUCAGUGACUCACCUGUUGCUCCAACUUGAAAUGGCUGUUGCACUUAAGGAAGGGGUCUUGUAGUGGUGCUUGAUUUAAAGGUCUUGUUUCUUUAUGUUUUGUUGGUCUGCUGCGUGUGGCCGAAGGGGAUAUUAGAGGUCUGUCCUGGCCACACACUGCAAGAAGGGAACUAGAAUUAAGUAAAAAAAA